UCGUCUGUAAAUUUCACCUCUCACUGGGAGCCCUCCAUGCAGACAUUUCCAUAUGAAUACUUUCAUUUUUUGGCACACUUUCUGCUUCCAAAGUGAUUUCCAAGCUCUCUUUAUAGAUCCUUCAUAGCUUGUCCCUGCUUCAUCCCUCCUUCCUAUACUCUCCAGCUCCUUUUCCUUCAGCCAAUUCUUAUAUCCAGAUUGAGUAGUGUAAAGUCCAGUUUGAGAAUGAAUCCAGUAAUGCCCAUCUUCUUUCCCUGUAAAGCUUAUAGGUAUCCUCAGUAUUCUUUCGGCAUCUUGCUGGCUGAAUAUUCUGAAUAUCAAUACAACAUUCCAUCUGUUGUUGAUGAUAAGAUCUGACACAUGCUUUAAAUGACAUCCUGGUGGUCUUGGUGUUGUUGGUUUCCCACUUUUACUGUCUGGAAUCCAACAAUCUUCCCAGAUACUCGUAGCCUUGCCAUUUCCUAUCUUUCUUAUGAUACCCUUCUGUACUUCUUUGCGCACCUCAGCAAGGCUUUGCCAAAUCCAAGAAGCAUUUUGAGGGACUUUACUGGUGAAUAAAGAUUGCCUGGGGUAGUAUUUUUCCUUCAAGACUCUACUGACUAGCAGGUUUAUUUUCUCAAUCAAUUUUGGUUCCGUCGUUGUUUGCGUCUCGCGUUUUCGAGUCGUGCUCUCCAUCGCUUAUACACUGCGCUGUCGUUUUGAGCUAGCGUUCUCAGUUCUCAAAGUCAACUGGUUUGUUUCUUAACCCUCGCUAAAACCCUUUCCAAAACCUCUACUGGGAAGAAUUUCUACGGUACCAUCUUUCUGCCAAUUUUCCAUCCAUUUACAUCCUUUACCCGUCCAGCCAUCCGUCCUUCCUAUAUAUGCCAACAAUCAGGAGAGCGGUUAUAAUCGGCAACGGUAUUGCCGGCGCGGAGAACCAAUGCCUCGGUUUGGUUCGAGCCUUGGGGCUCUCUCACACUCUCUACCGUGUUACUAGACCCAGGGGAGGAAUUAAUGAUUGGCUUCGCUGGUUGCCAGUUUCCCUUCAUAAAAACCUUCAUAAUGUCGUGAAGAGAUUUCGUGUUACAGGAUUUUCGGGUAUUGCAGAAGCUAAAGCACAUUAUAUUGCGAAACUGGCGCGGGAAACGUUGGACAAGGAUGGCCCUACAUUGGUGGUUGCAUCAGGGCGGGAUACUAUUUCUGUUGCUAGUUCUAUAAAACGAUUAGCUCCGGAAAAUGUUUUUGUUGUUCAGAUUCAACAUCCCCGAUCAAAACUAAAUAGGUUUGAUCUAGUGGUCACGCCUCGUCAUGAUUAUUAUCCCUUGGCACCUGAGGGACAGCAACAGAUUCCCUGGUUUCUUCGAGGUUGGAUAACUCCUCGUGAACCUCCUGACCAAAAAGUUGUACUUACCAUAGGCGCUCUGCAUCAGGUUGAUUCUAUUGCACUGCACAGAGCUGCGUCUCUCUGGCAUGAUGAGUUGUCUCCACUGCCUAAACCAUUGGUUGUUGUCAACAUUGGGGGGCCUACUGGCCAUUGUGGAUAUGGGGUAGAUCUUGCUAAGCAGCUAAUUUCGUCGUUGCUGAAUGUUCUCUCAACUUGUGGCAGCCUAAGAGUGUCUUUUUCUCGUAGAACUCCAAAGCAGGUAUCAGACAUCCUCGUCAGGGAACUUGGAAGUCAUCCUAAAGUUUACAUUUGGAAUGGUCAAGAUCCAAAUCCACAUAUGGGACAUUUAGCUUGGGGUGAUGCGUUUGUCAUUACAGCUGAUUCAGUUAGCAUGUUGAGCGAGGCUUGCAGCACAGGGAAGCCUGUUUAUGUUAUUGGGACGGAGCGGUGUAAGUGGAAGUUUGCAGACUUUCACAAAUCUCUGCAAGAUCGGGGAGCUGUUCGACCAUUUACUGGUGAAGAAGAUAUGUCCGAAAGAUGGAAGUACGUUCCACUUAAUGAUACUGAGGAGGCAGCUGCUCAAGUGAUAACAGCACUGGCUCAGCGUGGGUGGAGGUUGUAGGCACUGUGAGUGUGUGGUGAGUGAAGUCGCCUCGAUUACUUUUCCCCUCUAUGAUUUGCGUCUGUUGCGAGUAGUUCGCUUUUUUUUGCCCUUUUCUUCCCCCUUUAGCUAUGUGAAUAGGGCAGGCGUGCUUCCAGGGCAUGACAUCGAUUAUUAUCAGCUUUCGUUUCUUUUCCUAUUAUAAUGUUCACAACUCUCUAUAUGUAUCAACCCCACCCCCAAAAAAAAACCCUGAAACAAAAACAAGACAACAAUAAGCCCCUUCCCUCGCCCCAAAGUGGGAAAAAAGGGAAAACCCAAAGAAAAAAGAGAACUGAAUUUGUUGUGGAUUUUUGG